GUAAUUGACUCGGUCGCUGUAUUCCGUGUUGAAACCGAUUCAGCCUGGUCCGACAUUAUGGACGUGCAGUUGACCGUGUCACCACCUUCAAAACCCCGUGUGAAUCCAUUCGAUUCGAUCUUUCGCCAGAAACGACAGCCUCUUCCACCAUGGUGUAUUUGCGAGAUUCCUAAGAUAACAUGUCCACCUGGACCUCCAGGACCACCUGGUCCAGCUGGCCAACCAGGCAAUCCAGGCCCUCCUGGCCCUCCUGGAAAGGACGACACAACUGUUUAUGCACCUAUUCAUUGCCCUGCCCCUGACAAGGCUUGCAUAAAAUGUCCUCCAGGACCUCCAGGACCACCAGGACCCGAAGGACAUCCGGGCCCCAAAGGAAUGGACGGCAAACCUGGAAGUCCAGGAAAACGUGGACAAGACGGCAAGCCUGGCCCUGCAGGUCCUCCAGGAGAGGCGGGGCCUGCUGGACAUCCCGGAUCCGACGGGAAACCUGGUUCGCCUGGUAAAGACGGGCAGAAGGGGUCGGGCAAACCAGGACCAGCGGGACCGCCAGGCCCACGCGGAGAACCUGGAAAGCCUGGCGAACUCGGCAAGAGUGGUGCUCCGGGUACACCCGGUCCUCAAGGACCUCCUGGGAAAGAGGGUGCACCUGGAGGCAAAGGCAUGGAUGGACAUCCUGGUACCCCCGGUGGCCCUGGACUACCAGGAAGAGAUUCGCACUAUUGCCCAUGUCCUCCUCGUACUAUACUUGAAAUGAAAAGAAAGAAGAAGCACUGA